CUGAGUCAAUUCACCGGUGUCAGUGGCCGCAGCCAAGGCGCGCUUCUCCUUAUCUCCAGCCGGUUUUCCUCCUCUUGCUCCUCCGCGUGGCUCUGCGCGUCCUGUUCCCCUGCCCAGCGCUGCCCUGCGCCGGGUCGGUCCCGGUCGCGUUCCCUCCCCUUGGAGAGCGGGGUUUCUCUCUGGGAGCUGGAUGAAUCAUUGUGGAGUGGAGAACAAGUGCGACAAGAAAGCUGCGGCUCGCGUGUCUGCCUCCCAGCUCCGUCCAGAGAAGAGACCGGAGAGUCGGACCGAGGAGUGGACCAUCAUGGAGGGGACGUCCCUGUGUCUUCCCAUUGUUAUUCUACUGAUGCAGUGUUCCCCGGCUGCUCCUGUUACCGUGACGACCAACAAACACAAGGUGGAGGUGCGCGAGUUCUCAGACGCUGUCCUGUCUUGCACGUUCCGCACAGAGCGGGACCAGAGUCCACGCAUCGAGUGGAAGAAGAAGGGGAAGGAUGUUUCCUUCGUCUACUUCGAUGGACACUUCAGAGGUAACUUUGACGGCCGAGCCACCAUCGACGGGGCCACGGUGACCCUGCUGAGGGUGACCCAGGAGGACGCAGGAGAGUACCGUUGUGAGAUCAGUGCUCCUCUGGACUCUGUCAGUCUGGGAGAGACCAAUGUCACACUCAAAGUCCUGGUUCCACCUCACACACCAUCCUGUGAGAUCCCCAGUUCAGCGGUGACAGGAUCAGUGGUGCAGCUGCGGUGUCGAGACCGUCAGAGCAUCCCCCCUGCUAAAUACACCUGGCUCAAGAACAGCGUUUCCCUGAGUCUGCCCCGCAGCACCAACGCCACCUAUCUCAUCGACCCAGACACAGGAGUACUGGAAUUCAAAGCCGUUAGCAAAGAGGACUCUGGUCAUUACAGCUGCCUGGCAUCUAACGGGGUCGGACCCCCGAAGAUGUGUGAGGGCAAGCACAUGACCAUAGAGGACGUCAACGUCACAGCCAUCGUGACAGCAGUGGUGGUGGUCUGCCUGGUGGUGUUGAUAUGUGGCUGCGGCGGCGUCCUGCUGCACCGCAAUGGUUUCUUCAGCCCAGGACACAGAGGAAGGUCCAAUGUCAACUAUGUCCCUCCGACUCAAGAACCCCAGGAUUUUAAACACACCCAGUCGUUCAUGCUCUGAGAGGCAGGCCUUUCACUGAGAACACACCAUCCUUGAAAAGGUGCCAACACUGGAUUUAUUUUGAGAUUUUUUUUUCUUUCCGGACCGACGACGAGCUCUUUAACUUCCAGGACGUGAUCAUCUCGAAGUUCCUCCUCUUCUCCUUGUGGGUGUGUCAUGAAUUGACACGGCGUCUUUACAUCCUCCAGCUUUUCUGUGUGAUUUCACCACUGUGACUGAUGCUCUUGUGAAAUUCAAGUAGUUUUUUUUAGCUUUCUGCCUCCCCCUAGUGGUCCAAUGAAGAACCUACAGAUUGUUGUCUUGACUGAUCCUGAGACCAGAAGAGACCUUGAAACCUUUUCCUCCCCUCUGCAGACUAGUUGUUUGAGCUUAAAUAGUUGAAUGACCCUCACAGAUAUUUAUGUUGGAGCAAAACAUUCAUCAAUCAUUGCGAAAUAACAAUUAUUACAACAAAAGGAACACGUUUUGGGCUCGUAGACCAUGCAAUAAAAUUUUGUGAAUUUUUGCCCAAAAAUACAUUUUUUAAAAUCUGUGUUCUGGAAGAGUUGACAACAACGUUAUUGGAGUAACUUUUUAUCACAGAGACUUUAAAACUGGUCAUUAUUGACACAAAUCCUUGUGAUUAAAAGUUAUACAUAAACCUGUAAGAUGUGGCAUCAGACCUAACAAUUAUUCUGAUGCCUGCUGUAAUCCCUGCUUCAAUUUAUCUUGUCAAAAUUUGACCAUUUUGACAUUUCUACAGAGCCAAAUAGUUAGACAAAGUAUGAGGUACGUACAGUUCUUAAUCACCAUCAUAUUUUCUUGUAUCUCCUCACCUCUAACUUUUUUCCUGAACUCUCCAAACUAUAUCCUGCAGUCGUCUUCUGGCGCCUGAGUCAUGGUCACAUGAAGCCCAGAUAAGUGUAGGGAGGUGCUUGUACCUAUUCAGUGCUGCCAGAAGCCCUAGUCCCACUGUUUUUGUUUACCAAAGAUUGUUUAAAUUGGGAGGUUUUAUUUUGGAAACUCACUGACGACAAGAUUUCUGGUAAAGCCAUAGAUAGAGCAUAUCACUUUUGUCAAACAGAACUACAACAUACCUCAGCCCAUCGUUCUCUGUAAACAACUUUGGGGUCAAUACAAAAACCACACUAAGCCAGUGGUGGAGAACAGGAAGAAACUCCAGCCAUAUCUAACGAGACCAACCCCAUUCCAUCCUAAUGUGCCUGCAUGGUCUUUUGAUACAAACAAAAACAUAUAUAUAUAUCUAAAUAUAUAUAUCUAUAUACCUUGUGCCUUUUAAUUUGUCUGUCAUUUAUCUAUGGUCACAGUUUUUUGUAAAGAAUUUGCCUUACUUCUUUUCUGUCUUUAUAUUUUUGUGCCACUGUUUAUUGAUGUAUAUCAAAAGCAGAGUGUCUGUUUAUAGACUGUGUGAAUGGAGUGCUAAGAGUUUUAUUUGAAUGGUGUAGCAGGAAUAAAGUUUUUUCUAUACAAAA